AUGUCUCCGUCUGGUCCAGUCAGAAUACAGCCAGUUCGAGGGAAUCUAUUCGAGCAAAAUCUUGAAGACAAUGUAGAACCCAUCAAGGAUCUCCAUUGGAGUGUAGAACCUGUAAUAAAAUGGAUGUGUUUUCUGGGAAUUCCAUCUCCAUUUGAUGUUUCUACCUGUCGAUUCGCAAAUAAUUUCCAUCACACCCUUUCUUUCGUGGUAUUAUUACUGAUUCAGUCAAGCCUGCUAAUCCACACUGUUUACAAUGCAAAGACUGUGUCAGCAUCUUACUUGAGCGGGAUUUCAACGUUGACUUUGUCGUGGAAUUUAAUUUGUGAAAACGUGAAUAUUGCGGUGUACACGGUCGGUUGUCAAAUUUCUUUCCUGGUAUUCAGUCGGUCUGACGCUUGGACAGAUCUCAUCAGUUCUUUCAAACGGUUGGACGAAAAUCUACCUUCUUCUGAAAUUUACCCCACAUGCAGGAGUCUUGCAAUCAAAAUUUUCUUCUACGUGUUUUUUUUGAUAUUGUCCUUGGAAACCCUUUUACUACUUCUUGUAACCUCGAACGAUAUUACUUGGUUACGGAAAAUCCUGGAUGUAUCUGGUCUUUUAACUAAGAUCUACCCAGCUACUCAACUUGCCUUGUUUUGCAUCCUAACCCAAAUUAUAUCCCUCCAGCUUGGAGCUAUCCGUAAGGGCAUAGAUGAUCAGCUAAACCAGCUUAAUGCUGCUAGUCCCGUGAUAGUGGAAAUACAAUAUCGUCAGUUAAACAUUCUCAGACGCCACCACCGCUUGGUCUGCAAUUCGGUCCGAAAAAUUAAUUGUUGCUUCGGAACCUUCCUGACAUUUGAAAUAAUUUACAUCUUCGUUUCUUUCAUUAACUGUUCACUGUUCAUUCUAAUGAGUGGAAUCAGUGAUGAUGUACCUCUGGGAGUGAUGAAUGCUAUGGUAUGCCUUGAUUGUGUUGUUCAUCUGUUUCUUCUUACUUCUUUUUCUGAUGAUAUCACCAGCCAGUCUGAUAAGGUUUUUGAGGCUUUAGCAGAGAUGCACCAUCAGGAACCACCAUUGCAAUAUGAAGUGAUGUUGUUUAUAGAGCAGCUAUCGCACAUGAAAUCAAAUAUCAAUGCCAUGGGAUUCUUCGAUGUGAAGAAACAAUUAUUUCCUUCUCUAAUAGGAACAACGUUGACUUACUUCCUCAUCCUUCUGCAAUUUCAAUCGGCUGAGAAAACCGGAAACAAGUGA